GAAAUAUUUCUUUGUUACUUGUGCAGACGUCUGAGUCAGAGACCAACAGCACAAGAGCUGGAAGAGAAACAUAUCCUUUUAAGGCAAACUCCAGAGGAAAUACAAAAAGAUCGUGAAGAGAUUAAGAAAACUUUGAUAAGGAAGUUGAGUUUCCGUCCGACGGUUGGCGAGUUGAAGGAGCGUCGAAUUAUAAAGUUCAACGACUACGUUGAGGUGACUGAUGUCGAGGAAUACGACAGGAGGGCAGACAAGCCCUGGACCAGACUCACACCUCGUGAUAAGGCUGCAAUACGUAAGGAACUGAAUGACUACAAAAGUCAGGAGAUGGAAGUGCAUGAGAUGAGUAGGCAGUUUACAAGGUAU